AUGCUGAUACGCAUUGAACGAGAUUAUUCUGUUUCUGGCGAUCGAUACCCUCAGUUUUCCACAAAUUUCCCACUUGCCUUACAGCCAUAUGUCUCUGUAAAAGACUGGAAUGGUUUCAUUCAUACGCUGAAUAAAAAGCUGUAUAUAGCCUUUUGUCCUUGGACUAUUGGAAAUUUGUUGGACAUAUUCCUUUCUAUUGUAACUGUAUAUGCUUCAGAAUUUGUAUUUGGAAGCGUGCAUAGAAAGCGAAUCGCAAACAUUGAAGCUUACGUUGCUGAGUUUGCUAGCCAGCAUAAUCUUUUGGCAGCUGGUCUUCGCAAUAUGGGUUUUUUAAAUAUUGUUUUUCAUACAAAGGAAAAUGUCGCUAGAAGUACUACAUUGUAUUCGCCUCGGGAAAGCGUUGAAAACCUGUCAGUGCAAUCCAUGCCUUCUGCCUUGACGACCACGCCUUCAAAUUUAUCGACGUAUACCCAGAAUCCUGGUGUUGGUGUGAACGAAUGGACGAAUUCGAUUCUUUAA